AGACCAGCCCUGUGGUCACGAGGCUCCCAGUGCCCGUGGCGCGGCCACCGCUGUCCGCCUGGCUCCUGUGUGCGGUCCUGGCUGCAGCCUGGCACCUCCUGGGGGCAUCAUCGUGACUUGCUUCGCUUCUAGGCUCCAGGCGGGACCCCCAGCAGCCGGGCACCAUGGAGGAGCAGACGUUCAGUGUCCAGCAAAUCCAACCCAACGUCAUCUCUGUGCGCCUCUUCAAGCGCAAGGUGGGAGGCCUGGGCUUCCUGGUGAAGGAGCGGGUCUCCAAGCCUCCCGUGAUCAUCUCUGACUUGAUCCGAGGGGGCGCCGCCGAGCAGAGUGGCCUCAUCCAAGCGGGGGACAUCAUCCUGGCGGUCAACGGGCGCCCCUUGGUGGACCUCAGCUACGAUGGCGCCCUGGAGGUGCUUCGGGGCAUUGCCUCCGAGACCCACGUGGUCCUCAUCCUGAGGGGUCCCGAGGGCUUCACCACACACCUGGAGACCACCUUCACCGGGGACGGGACCCCCAAGACCAUCCGGGUGACACAGCCCCUGGGUCCCGCCACCAAAGCCGUCGACUUGUCCCACCAGCCGCCAACCAGCAAGGAGCAGCCACUGGCAGUCGAUGGGGCCGCCGGCCCUGGGAACGGGCCUCAGCGAGCCCACAGCGCCGCAGGCCAGGAGCCCGGCUCACGCGCGCACGCCAAUGGCCUGCCCUCCAGGCCUCUGAGUGUGGACACUGCCAAGAACAGUGCCAGUGCGGGCCUCCAGGGAGGCGGGGAGAGCAGCGACCUGCUCAAGGAGAUCCAGCCCGUGCUCAGCCUCCUCACCAGCGGGGCCAAAGGGAUCAACAGGGUGGGACCAGCCAAGACAGAGACGAAGGAUGCGGAGGUCCAGGUGGAAAGAGAGCUGGAUGGCAAGUCACACAAGCCACUGCCCCUCGGCGUGGAGAACGACCGCGUCUUCAACGACCUCUGGGGGAAGGGCAAUGUGCCUGUGGUCCUCAACAACCCCUACUCGGAGAAGGAACAGCCCCCAGCCUCGGGAAAACAGUCGCCCACUAAGAAUGGCAGCCCCUCCAAGUGCCCCCGCUUCCUCAAGGUCAAGAACUGGGAGACUGACGUGGUUCUCACCGACACCCUCCACCUGAAGAGCACCUUGGAAUCGGGGUGCUCGGAGCACAUCUGCAUGGGCUCCAUCAUGCUCCCGUCCCAGCAGACGCGAAAGCCCGAAGAAGUCCACCCCAGGGAGCGCCUCUUCCCUCUCGCCAAGGAGUUCAUCGACCAGUACUACUCGUCCAUUAAGAGGUUUGGCUCCAAAGCCCACAUGGACAGGCUGGGAGAGGUGAACAGAGAGAUCGAGACCACCAGCACCUACCAGCUCAAGGACACAGAGCUCAUCUACGGGGCCAAGCACGCCUGGCGGAACGCGGCCCGCUGCGUCGGCAGGAUCCAGUGGUCCAAGCUGCAGGUGUUCGAUGCCCGAGACUGCACCACGGCUCACGGGAUGUACAACUACAUUUGCAACCACAUCAAGUACGCCACCAACAAAGGGAACCUCAGGUCUGCCAUCACCAUAUUUCCCCAGAGGACCGACGGCAAGCACGACUUCAGAGUCUGGAACACACAGCUCAUCCGCUACGCAGGCUACAAGCAGCCCGACGGCUCCAUCCUGGGGGACCCAGCCAACGUGGAGUUCACAGAGAUCUGCAUUCAGCAGGGCUGGAAGCCCCCGAGAGGCCGCUUCGACAUCCUGCCCCUCAUGCUCCAGGCCAACGGCAAUGACCCUGAGCUCUUCCAGAUCCCUCCAGAGCUGGUGCUGGAGGUGCCCAUCAGACACCCCAAGUUCGAAUGGUUCAGAGACCUGGGCCUGAAGUGGUACGGCGUCCCCGCCGUGUCCAACAUGCUCCUGGAGAUAGGUGGCUUGGAGUUCAGCGCCUGCCCCUUCAGCGGCUGGUACAUGGGCACCGAGAUUGGCGUCCGCGACUACUGCGACAAUUCGCGCUACAACAUGCUGGAGGAAGUGGCCAAGAAGAUGAACUUGGACAUGCAGAAGCCGUCCUCCCUGUGGAAGGACCAGGCGCUGGUGGAGAUCAACAUCGCCGUCCUCUACAGCUUCCAGGUAGCCCCAGGGGACACGCUGGAGGCCUUGCUGCGGCCCACGGGGACCCCGAGGGCUGUGCCCACCUGGCCGGGCUGCCUCCUGGCCGCUCCAUCCGCUCAGUGUGGCUGUGGGGCGGAGCCGGACCCCUGGAACACCCAUGUCUGGAAGGGCACCAACGGGACCCCCACCAAGCGGCGUGCCAUUGGCUUCAAGAAGCUGGCAGAAGCCGUCAAGUUCUCGGCCAAGCUGAUGGGACAGGCGAUGGCCAAGAGGGUCAAAGCGACCAUCCUGUACGCCACUGAGACGGGCAAAUCGCAGGCCUAUGCCAAGUCCCUGUGUGAGAUCUUCAAGCAUGCCUUCGAUGCCAAGGUGAUGUCCAUGGAAGAAUAUGACAUUGUGCACCUGGAACACGAGACCCUGGUCCUGGUGGUCACCAGCACCUUUGGCAAUGGAGACCCCCCUGAGAACGGGGAGAAAUUUGGCUGUGCCCUGAUGGAAAUGAGGCACCCCAACUCGAUACAGGAGGAGAGAAAGAGCUACAAGGUUCGAUUCAACAGUGUCUCCUCCUACUCCGACUCACAGAAAUCCUCAGGGGACGGGCCUGACCUCAGAGACAACUUUGAGAGCACGGGGCCACUGGCAAACGUGAGGUUCUCGGUGUUCGGCCUUGGCUCGAGGGCGUACCCCCACUUCUGCGCCUUCGGACACGCGGUGGACACCCUCUUGGAGGAGCUUGGUGGGGAAAGGAUCCUGAAGAUGGGGGAGGGGGACGAGCUCUGUGGGCAGGAAGAGGCCUUCAGGACCUGGGCCAAGAAGGUCUUCAAGGAGGACUGUUAUUCCCCCCACCCCAUCCCAACAGGUCUGUCCAGUGUCCACAAAAAGCGUGUCUCAGCUGCUCGACUCCUCAGCCGUCAAAACCUUCAGAGCCCCAAGUCCAGCCGAUCCACCAUCUUCGUACGGCUCCACACCAAUGGGAACCAGGAGCUGCAGUACCAGCCCGGGGACCACCUGGGCAUCUUCCCCGGCAACCAUGAGGACCUGGUGAACGCCCUGAUCGAGCGGCUGACGGACGCACCCCCGGCCAACCAGCUGGUGAAGGUGGAGCUGCUGGAGGAACGGAAUACAGCUUUGGGUGUCAUCAGCAACUGGACGGACGAGCUCCGCCUCCCGCCCUGCACCGUCUUCCAGGCCUUCAAGCACUACCUGGACAUCACCACGCCGCCAACGCCCCUGCAGCUGCAGCAGUUUGCCUCCCUGGCCACCAGUGAGGAGGAGAAGCAGCGCCUCAUGGUCCUGAGCAAGGGUUUGCAGGAGUACGAGGAAUGGAAAUGGGGCAAGAACCCCACUAUCGUGGAGGUGCUGGAGGAGUUCCCGUCCAUCCAGAUGCCCGCCACCCUGCUCCUGACCCAGCUGUCCCUGCUGCAGCCGCGCUACUACUCCAUCAGCUCCUCCCCAGACAUGUACCCCGGCGAGGUGCACCUCACUGUGGCCAUCGUCUCCUACUGCACCCGAGAUGGAGAAGGACCGAUUCACCACGGCGUGUGUUCCUCCUGGCUCAACCGGAUACCAGCUGACGAGGUGGUCCCCUGCUUUGUACGAGGAGCACCCAGCUUCCACCUGCCCCGAAACCCCCAAGUGCCCUGCAUCCUGGUUGGCCCGGGCACUGGCAUCGCCCCUUUCCGAAGCUUCUGGCAGCAGCGGCAAUUUGACAUCCAACACAAAGGCAUGAGCCCCUGCCCCAUGGUCCUGGUCUUCGGGUGCCGGCAGUCUAAGAUCGACCACAUCUACAAGGAGGAGACCCUGCAGGCCAAGAACAAGGGCGUCUUCCGAGAACUGUACACGGCCUACUCCCGGGAGCCAGAGAGACCAAAGAAGUACGUGCAGGACAUCCUGCGGGAGCAGCUGGCGGAGCCCGUGUACCGCGCCUUGAAGGAGCAGGGGGGCCACCUCUACGUCUGCGGGGACGUCACCAUGGCCGCCGACGUCCUCAAAGCCAUCCAGCACAUCCUGGCCCAGCAAGGGAAGCUGUCCGCGGAGGAUGCCGGGGUGUUUGUCAGCCGGCUGAGGGACGACAACCGGUACCACGAGGAUAUUUUUGGGGUUACCCUGCGGACCUACGAAGUGACCAACCGCCUUAGGUCUGAGUCCAUUGCCUUCAUAGAAGAGAGCAAAAAAGAUGCGGAUGAGGUUUUCAGCUCCUGACUGGACCCUUCUUGCCGGACGAAUGCAGGUGGGCCUCCUGGUGCUGUGGCCGGGGAGGCUGAGGUUCCGUAAGCGUGGACACUGCUGGAUCUUUUCUCUGGGGCUCCACGUGACCUUGCUGCGCCUGGCAUCCCGUCCCCUCCUUCUGGGCUCCUGGGACCUCUCUGUCUCUCUCCUGGAAUCCUCUCACUGCAGUGCAAUGGCUUUUCACCCCCCAUGGCUCCUAGGACACUCUGUCCCCGUCCCCUGUCCUGCCCUUCCUGACAAGGGCAGUCACGGGUGCGUGAGAGUGGCUCGUGUUUGGGUCCUCAACCUGAGGCCCCCCGAGGUUUCUGAGCCCGCCCCUCAGCAUCUCCUUUCGUGCCAAGAUGUGUCGGUCGUGCGUGUGCGUGUGCGUGUGCCAGGCAGGGGUCUCUGUGCAGGUGUGUUGCUCAGGAGCCUGCCGUGGCCGGUCAAGUCUUUGUGCAUCUGUGCAGUGCCCCACCACCACCCCACCCCAGUGUCCGAGUCGUAAGGGGCCAGCAAAGGGGAGUGGUGGUGGCAAGCCAGGCUCCCGGGGACAGGGGAACCACAGGAUGGCAGAUGUUUGGCUGUGGGUGGACACCAGCGAGCACACCCCACUGGGGGGGAAAUAACUAUCCGUCGGCAGAACGGGUUCCAUGCUGGGUUGCUGAGAGGUCGGCAGUUCAAACCCACCGGCUACUCCUGUCAGGAUCCACGGCCUCAGGACCCCAAAGGGGCAGUUCCACUCUGCCCUGCAGGAUCACAUAGUCGUGAGUUUGACAGUACGUUUGGUUAUGAGCUUUGGCCGGCUCACCUGCCCAGCCCUGCUCUCCUCACCCCGGCACAGCCGUGGGCCCCACCACACACCCCCAGGCUCUCCCACCUGGUCGCCGUCAUGUCCAAGGGAGCCCACUGGAGACGGAAGUCUUCCCCACCCUUGCCACUGACUUUGGACAUGCCCCCUCUUCCUCAGUGCCCCUGCCUCGUGAUGUUCACGGAGGUCAAGAACACUGGUGGCCCGACCCGUUGUUCCGCACACUAGAGACCAAAUGGAGAAGGGCUGUCUCUAUGGUGUCUCACCGCCACCCCCGCCUGGAAACAGGGCUCCUUCCUCUGCCCUCGGGGAUAGGAGGGGGAGGCCAGCCUGAGGGAAGCAGGUUGGGGAGGGGUUCUGUGGCUGAUUCCAGAGAAAUCCGACCAAGGUGUCAAGGACCCGGCCCAGGCUUCUGGCCUUCGGAAAGUGGACCCCUGAGUCUUUCUCCACAAACUGAGGACUCUUAACAAACACGCUGGUCGAGAAUGGACAGCCAGGUGGGGCUUCUCCCUGGGAGGAAAGCGCUGAGGGGACUUGCACAGUGACAGUCCCCGGGCCACACUGAGAGCUAACGUGCAGUGUCUCAAGCUCCCAGAGAGAGCGAGAGAAAUCCCAUCCUGGUGAGCUCCAGCCUGGGGUGCUGCCUGCAACCGACGGUGGCUUCAGUGUCCGCCUGCCUGGCUUUGUUUUGCCAUCCUUCCUGUGCACGAGGCGCCUUCCAUCAGCUGGGGGCGGUGGGAGGUGACGGGGGGACACCCUGCUUCCCUUGAAUUCCAUCUUUCCUCUUUGGGGAGCAUCCCCCCUGUGCUGUGCAAGACGCAGCCCUUCAACACAGCUCUGCAGGAGAGAGGCUGGGUGAGCUCCCGGACUUGGUCAUAGGGGGUCGCGGUGACAGCACCCGCCACCCUGGUCCUCUUUGAAGGGACUCACUCACUCGCCAAUAAGCCAAAGGGCCCCAGGGCAGCCCAGGCCUUGCCUCCCUCCCUUCUCCCAGCAGCCCCCACUAGUGUCUGCAGUUUGACCGGGUGCCCGUUCUAAUGCUCCCUGCCUCCUGGCCUCUCCUCUCCCGCUCAUCCUGCUGUGAACACACGAACCAGACACUCAGCAGGUCUUCCGUCCCUGUGUGCAAGCCCGGGGGAACCAGGCCUUCCACAAACACAACUUCUGGCCCCCACUGCUUUUCUCCCACGAGCGUUUGUGGCCAAGCCUUCGGAUCUGUCACAGUGCCUCCUAAGAGGUCACUACUAGCUCCCCAGCGGCAGAAACCACCCCCCUCCCUCAUGUCCACCUCCUUCAAGGAGUGAACUGACCCAUGCCACCCUCCCCAAAUCAAGCUUUCUCUGUGGGCAUCACCAAAUGGAGUCCGCUUAGCACUUGGUACACCAGGCCUGUGUUGUGUAUGUGCCCCAGCUUGCCUGGCAGCAGGCAGGCAGGCAGAUGGGCGCAUCAUCUUGUCUUACCACAAAGUCCCCAAGGGGGUUAUAGAACCAAGAUGCACCUUUCUCCCCAAGGAUUUUUGUUUUGGGGUUUUUUUGAAGUAAACACAUCUCAGCCCGCAGCACCAGCUGCUGCACAUCUGAUUGGCUUGCCGUCGCCGCCUGGUUGCUCCCUUUUAUGCCAGAAUCCCGGACCUGAGAAAGCCACCACUCAGGAAUCAUCAGAGGUCCCAUCCAGGGAUCUAGGCUGGGUGACGGCCGCCCUCUUGUGGUGGACGGUCAUGCAGUCCCAACCAACGAUAAAACAGCAGCCAAGUCGGUCUGACCCACGGUGACCCUGCGUGUGCCAGGGCAGAGUUUCCAAUGGCUGGUUUAUCGGAAACAGAUCACCAGGCCUCCUCCCCCCCCCAAGUGGAUUCGAACUGCUAACCAUGGUGGGCAAAAGACCACGUAGCAGAGAGUAGAUGGUUUGCUGGGCAUUUGGAGGUCGCCAGGGAGCCCUGGUGACUUAGCGUGCUACAAGGUCAGCGGUUUGAACCCACCAGCUUCUCUGAAGGAGAAAGAGGAGGCUCUGUGGUCUCCUAAGAGAUGUAAAGGUUUGGAAACUCGGAGAGAGGCGUUUCCGUCGGGUCCUAGAGGGCCGCUCCGUGCUGCAGCAGACUCCGUGGCAGUUCGGUUUUGUGUUUUGGGUGUUGGGAUUGGAGGUUACCCAGCUGACAGGCCACGUCUCUCCCUGUCUGCACUGAAUGAAGCAGCCUGUGAUACAGCAGUGGACCAGGAGGAGCGAAAACACGAGGGAUACAGCUCCUGGAGGGUUCGGCCCUCUGCCGGGAGAGGGAGCUGCCUUUGUUUCUGGGGAAGAAACACUCACGUACCCUUUCCUGUUGGGAAGGCUUCUUACACCAAGUGGCACCUGAAGCCCCAGUCCUCACCCAGCCCAUUUGUGGGGUGGGAGUGACAUGUGGAGGACCUUCAACUUCACAGUUUGUGUUGUGCUGAAGACUCCUCAGAUUUUCACAAGGGCAAAUCGAGGCUGUCGGAGUGACACUUGGGAAAGAAUGUUCCAGAAGCAGUGUAGAGCGGCUGGCUGGAUGGCCAACUGAGCCCUUGCAGCUCAUUGCAGUGGCCGAGGCAUGGGUGGAGGAAGGACAAACAUAAUCCAGAUCUUGAUUUAACAGGAAUUGGAGGAUAAGAACAGAUGGGAAAUUAAGGAGGCUGCCACUUGCUGAGAAAGGAGGCUCAUGAGGUGCAAAGAGUCAGGGGGAAACGGCACUUGAAGCGUGGAUGCCAAAGCCAGCUUCUCCUGGGGCAGCAGGUGCAUAUGACAACGGUCAAGUCAUGCCAGUGCCGGGACAGAAAAGGGACCCCUCAUGAGUGGACACUGGCCUAAAAACCACACGUGCUGUUGACAGUCACCUGCUUCUGGUCCCCAGAGAGGUCAGGCUUUGGGGUCCUCUGGAGAGACAGAACCAACGAGGGGUGGACAUUGAGAGACAGAGAAAGAUUUACUUCAAGGCACUGGCUCAUAUGAUUUCUAGAGCAGUGGUUCCCAACCUUCCUAAUUCCAUGACCCUUUCAUAUAGUUCCUCAUGUGGUGGUGA